UCCUGGCGCUAUUCUCUUACUCAGUACGGCGAAACCAUGGCGAUGUCUCUAAUCUCUUCAGUCGCAGCUCCAGUCUCAGUCUCAUCCACCAAAGACGAUUAUCGUUUUGGUUCUGGAAUUGGCUUUCCCAGAAGUUCAUUCCUUUCUGAAACUAAGUUCUUCUCAGCGCCUUGUCCUCCGCUCACCAAUCUGAGACGAAAUGUUGUCCGGAGAUUUGCGAUUUCCUCUGUGAGCUCAUUCGAUCACAUACCCAAAAGCUUCAGUGAAGAGAAUCUGAAAGACGAAUCUUCUGAGGAUGGCAAAGAUCAACGACUUGAAACAAUUGCUUCUGCUAUUCGGAUCAUCCCGAACUUCCCUAAGCCAGGAAUCAUUUUUCAGGAUAUAACGACUCUGCUUCUUGACCCCAAGGCAUUUAAGGAUACCAUUGAUUUGUUCGUGGAGAGAUACAGAAACAAGGACAUCUCCGUUGUUGCAGGAAUUGAAGCACGAGGUUUUAUAUUUGGGCCUCCUAUUGCCUUGGCUAUUGGAGCAAAAUUUGUCCCUAUGAGAAAACCCAAUAAAUUGCCUGGGGAGGUUAUUUCUGAAGAGUACUCUUUGGAGUACGGAAAAGACAAAAUCGAAAUGCAUGUAGGAGCCGUACAGGCAGGAGAACGUGCCCUUGUUAUUGAUGAUCUCAUUGCAACUGGGGGUACCCUGUGUGCAGCAAUCAGGCUAUUGGAACGUGUUGGGGUGGAGGUGGUUGAGUGUGCUUGUGUCAUAGAAUUGCCAGACCUAAAGGGUCGGGACCAGCUAGGAGACAGACCAUUAUUUGUCCUUGUAAGUUCGGUUUAAUGGUAGUUUGCACUAAUACUAGA